AUGUAACAGCAAGAUUAGUAAUUCAAAAAUGUGAAGGUAAAAUCGAAUUUUCAUCAAUUUGAAUUACUGCCAGAUCGUUAAAUCUAUAGAUAUAAAAUAGAAUUAACUAAUUAUUCUGAUAUCAAUGCAUAAAAAGCAAUCAAUAACUAUAGGUAGAAGAUUGCAGAAAAUUUGAUGACCUUUUAUUGCAUAAAUUUAAAUAUUUAUUCUCCGACUAAGAUAGCAACUAAAGUAUUGGGAGGAUUAAAUGAGGGUUAAGAGAUUUAAAAUAUUGUAACAUUGAAAUUUAUCGAGAAUAUAGUAGGAGGAACAAAAUUACAAUAAAUAUUAGCAAGAAUUGUAAAAUAAAUAGUAAGCACAUAAUAAGGGAUGGUUUAAAUUGGUAAAGAUAAAUUAUUUUGGCCAAAGAUAUCUCAUUAAUUUCAUGCACAUAAAUUUGAAAUUUGGGAAGGAGUGUAAAUAGUAUAAAAAUAAUUCGGUGUUAUGAUAGAUUGUGCAUAUAAAAUAUUGAGAUAAAAUACAUUAUUAGAUGAUCUUUUAAUAACAAAGGAAGUUGAUCGUUAUGAAGGUAUGAUCGUAAUGACAAAAUACAAUUAAAAAUUUUAUCGAGUUGAUAAUAUUGAAACUGCAAUGUCUCCUAAAGAUUUAUUUAUAACAGAAAACGGAUAGGAAACAUCAUUUAAAGAGUAUUAUAAAUAAAGGUAUAAUAUAAAAUUAAAUGACAAAUAACCAUUAAUAAAAACACAUUUAAGAAUCAAAGGGAAAUAAGAAGAUAAGAUGAUAUAUUUAAUACCAGAAUUAUGUUAAUUAACUGGUUUGAAUGAAACUGUUAAGAGUGUAUAAAAUAUAAUAUAAUUUAGAAUUUCUAAGUAAUGAAAGAAGUUUCAAGAAUAACUAAACCAAAUGCAUAAGAUAGAAUAGAUAAAUCAGAGAAAUUUGCUAAAUAAAUGAAUUCUACUAUUAAGAAAGGAUCAAAUAUAAAUAUAUUAGAUACUUGGGGUUUGAAAUUAAGUAGUAUAUCAAUGAAUAUUGAAGCUAAAACAGUUCGUCCAGGAACAUUAUUGAUGGGAAAUGAAAAUAUUGAUUUAUCUUAAUAGAAUUUAAAUUUAGAUUAAUAAACGUAAAAGAAGAUGUAUCAAAUGCCAGAAAAGAAAUUGGUUUGGGUUUUAAUUCAUUAUUAUAAAGAAAGAGGUUAGGAAGCUAAAAAAUUAUUGUUAGAAAAUAUGAAAUUAGCAAUUACAGAAUAUUAAUUUUAUGGUUUUUAUUCUUAGCCUAUAAUUAAAUAACUUUAGGAAGAGAGAGAUAAAGCAUUAGUAUAAUUAUGUGAUGAUAUAAAUAAAGAAUGUGAAUAAAAAUAAUAGAAGAUCGAAUUUAUAAUAUUUUUAUUACCAGGAUAGAAAAAGAAUAGUCGUUUAUAUAGAUGUGCAAAAUUUAUAUCAAUGUAAAAGAUUGGUUGUCCAAGUUAAGUAGUGUUAGAAGAUACUUUAAGUAAAAAUACAAGAUCUAUAGUUAAUAAAAUAAUGGUAUAAAUAUGUGCUAAAUUGGGAGGAGUUCCAUGGGCAAUAGAUAAAUUACCUCAUUUAUUUUAAUAAUAACAUUCAAUGAUAUGCGCAGCUGAAUGUUAUGAUAGAUUACAUUAAACUAAGCAUUUGGCAUUUUGUUCGACUGUUGAUAAGAAUAUGACCAGAUAUCAUAGUUAAAUAUUAAAAGGAGCUGAUUAUAAAGGAGAUAAUCUAAAAAAGAGUUUAAUAGUAGCUAUGUAAGUUUACAAAGAUAAAAAUAAUAUAUAUCCUGAAAUAAUAGUGAUUUAUAGAGAUGGAAUAUCAGAUGGUUAAAUUCCUGUAGUUUUAGGAGAUGAGUUUCCUUAAUAUGAAUAAGCAAUCAAAUAAACAAAUCCUUCAAGUAAAUUAAUUCUAGUCAUUUGUAAUAAAAGAGUAGCUGGUAAAUUCUAUUAAGCUGGACAUAGACCUGAUAAUCCUGCAUCUGGCACUAUUGUAGAUAGUAAAGAAAUUUGUGAAGGAUAACAACCUAAUUUUUAUUUAAUAUCUUAAAUUACCAGAUAAGGUACCUCUUAACCAACUUUAUAUAAAAUAUUACAUUCAGAUAUACCUAAUAUUGAAAAUGAUAUUAAAGUUCUUACUUACAAACUAUGUUGGCUCUAUUAUAACUUUGCUGGUCCAAUUAAAAUUCCUGCUCCUGUUAGAUAUGCUCAUUGUUUAAGUGAAUUUAUUGGUUCUAGAUAUUAAAGAUCUGACAAGGAUCCUUUUAUUCCUAUAGAAGAAUUAGUUAAAAAAGGAGUAUUAUUUUACAUUUGA